GGCUUCCUCUAUUCAUAAACCACAGAAAAUAAUUUUUCACUGGUCUAUGCUCUAUGAUAUAAGGACGUUGUUGAUGGCUGGCUUCGCUGCCCGGGCGAGAAUCGUCCCGCCGACCCACCCUAGGACCCAAGCACAUUUUCACCUACCUGGACACAUUUUUCGCCAUGCCGUUCUGGAGGCGCUCAGCCACCACGAACGACCUUCAACAAUCCGGUGACGGCGAAGAAAACCUCAAUCCGAAUGGGGACUACUUACAGACUUCCUCUGAUGGGAAGCGGCAUCUACCUCAGCCCCGUGGGCCUCAUUCGGUCGGCUUUGUUGAAGUACUUACCCCAGGAGGUCCUGAAGAAGGAACCCUGUGCCGGAUUUUAUAUCCCACCCAAGAGCAGUGCUUGGAGAAUUCGGACAAAUGGCCUCUGUGGCUAGAAGAUCAGUACAUCAAUGGGAUGCUCAGGUUCAUGCAAUACACUUUAGCGGAUUGGCCAAGUUGGGCUCCACGCGGAGAUUACUACGGGAUCGAUCAAAUGAGUUUGAUUUCCCCUUUCAUUCCUCAACUCGGUUUUGCCACCAUGUUCAGAUUGAUGAAUGGGAUCAUUCAUAUACCUAUACUAGAAAAAGCAAUCCCGGAUACAACUCAGAAAUGGCCUCUUGUUGUGUUUUCUCAUGGACUUGGAUGCUCUCGAGCCAUUUACAGUCGGGUUUGUUAUGAUAUGGCAUCGUAUGGAUUUGUGGUGGCCGCUGUUGAACACAGGGAAGGCUCGGGUUGUGCCAGUUUCUACGUAAACGAAAGUGGGGAAAAAACUUGGAUUCAUCACAAGCGAGUGCCUCUGCUCCACGAGUAUCAAGAUCGGAAUCAACAAAUCAAAGAUAGAGUCCAAGAGGUCGUGCGCACUCUGGACUUAAUCACGGACUUGGUUCAUGGAAACAUGCCCAAAAACCUUUUGGAGACGAACGAGAAAUUGUCUACAUCCAUUCUGGAAGAGCUCUCGUCGGUUAUUGAUCUGUCCAAACCAGGGAUAACGGGGCACUCCAUGGGUGGAGCCACGACUGUCCUGUCUUUGGCCACGGAGAAGAGAUUCAAAUUUGGAAUUGCAUUGGAUGCGUGGAUGUUUCCGUUGCGGGAUGAGCCAAAUUUGUCACAGAAGCUGGAAACGAAGCCUCUCAUGUUCAUAAGCACGGAUGGUUUCCGUUCCAAGGAGAACAUAGCCAAGAUAUCAGAAUUCCAAAGAGAUGAUGCGGAUCGUCAGUUCCAUUUCAUUAAGGGGAGCGUUCAUCAGAACCAUUUAGAUGUGCCAUUCAUCUUGAAGGCUGCUUUAAUUCGGAAAGUGGUUGGAAUGGCGUCGAAGACAUGUCCAGAAAUUGUGAUAGAUCUUAACAACAAGAUGAUGGUUCAAUUCCUUUGGAAGCAUUUAGGGCUUCUUAAUGAUAAAGAUGUUGACGAAGACAUCAAGAGAUUAAAACAACAGUAUUUAGCUGAUCUAUUAGAUCCCAACGAUUUGCCUUGAAAUUCUCCGCUAAAUUUCAAAGCUCGAAAAAAACAAAAGAAGAUAUCUCACCAUGAAGAGCGUACAAGUCACUCAUUAUUUAUUCACCACCAUAACUCUCGCUGUGUUUGCCAAAUUUUUAAAAUUCCUCAAUAAACAUUUAUUCAUAAUGA